GAAUUUUCCAUUUUUCUCGAAUCUUAAUGUGAGUCUUCAUAUCAAAAUUUAAUUAAUCCUUUGUCCAUCUCUGCAAAAAUAAAAAAGAACAAUUAUCUUCUCUUAAUAAUCUUUCAAAUUAAUCAUCAAGCUCAUCACUACAGCUAAAUCUCAAAUCUAAUCAGCAUUUCAAGCUGCUAAUUAUUCGAAUUCGAAACAGAAUCAGCUAGAGAAAUGAGUUGUUGAAGUGGAAGAGCCAUAAAAAUAAAAAAUAAUGGAAAUGUUUGAUGGAUUGCCAGUUCCGCCUGAUAAAGAGUAUUUACGGGCUGAGCUUUCGAGAAUAGAUGAAAGUUGGUCUGCUGCACGGUUUGACUCGUUACCUCAUGUUGUUCAUAUCUUGACGUCGAAAGAUAGGGAUGGUGAAGCCCAGGUUUUGAAGGAGCAGCGCGAUGUUGUUGAGGAGGUUGUCGAUGAAGUGGUUCAUGCUUAUCACGGUGGCUUCAAUAGAGCAAUUCAAAAUUAUUCACAGAUCUUGCGAUUAUUCAGUGAAUCUUCUGCGAAGAUAUCUACUCUAAAGGUUGAUUUGAGUGAAGCAAGAAAGCGUCUUGGUGCCCGUAGCAAGCAAUUGCAUCAGUUAUGGUAUCGUUCUGUUACUCUGCGGCAUAUAAUCUCACUAUUAGAUCAAAUUGAGGGCAUAUCUAAGGUUCCUUCUCGUAUUGAGAAACUCAUUGCUGAGAAACAGUUUUACGCAGCUGUUCAGCUGCUUGCUCAAUCAACAUUGAUGCUUGAGCGAGAAGGUCUUCAAACUGUUGGUGCCCUUCAAGAUGUUCGAUCUGAGCUUACAAAGUUACGGGGAAUUCUUUUCUACAAAAUUUUGGAGGAUUUACAUCUUCAUCUUUACAACAAAGGAGAAUAUAGUUCAGUUGUCUCAAACAUGGAUGAAAGAGACGAUGAACUGCCAACCACUACAGCCGUUGCAUUCACAAUGAGUACUUCACAAUCACUUUCUCGAAGAACUAGAUUAAUGAAAGGUGAUAAUCAUGGAUUUGCGGAUGGAUCAUAUAGAACAGGUUCUGUUGAUGGAGGUUCAUCAUUUGAUGGCCAUGAUGAGGAUGGUAAUUUGGAUUUUCAUGAUGAGUCAAACUUGGAUGGACAUGGAGCAAUAUUGAGGGUAAAUGGUGGUGAUGGUAAUGCAAAGGAUGUGAAACUUCUUGCUCGUCAGUUACCUAGUUGGCUUUCAAAUUCCACUCCUGAUGAAUUCAUUGAAGGUUUAAAAAAGAGUGAUGCUCCACUACAUGUGAAGUAUUUGCAGACCUUGGUUGAGUGCCUCUGCAUGCUAGGCAAAGUUGCUGCUGCUGGUGCAAUAAUAUGCCAAAGAUUGCGACCAACAAUUCAUGACAUUAUUACGUUCAAGAUAAAAUCUCACGCCGAACAUAUCAAUUCUUCAAGAUCCACCACUGGUCAAGCUUCCCAAGCAGCUGCCACAGGUCUUCAUUUCGUGAAAGGCCAGUUAGCAAGUUACCAGUUGCCGAAGCAGAAGCAACAAAAUGGAAUAUCACUUGCAGCAACUUUAUUGUCAGUAAGCCCUGUUUCACCAGUCAUGGCUCCUGCAGGAAAAGCACAGGCUGCCGCAAAGGAUCUUCUUGAUUCAAUUUUGGAAACAGUUGUUCAAAUAUUUGAGAAUCAUGUCGUUGUUGGAGAACUUCUGGAGUUGAAAUCUGCUCAGAACUCUGACAUGAACACACCAAGGGCAAUGUCAAUCGAACCUAAUUGGAACCCUGAUUCUGAAGCAUCUCAAGUUACUGGAGGUUACAGCAUUGGCUUUUCCAUGACAGUUUUGCAGAGUGAAUGCCAACAACUUAUAUGUGAGAUUCUGAGAGCAACUCCUGAAGCUGCAUCUGCUGACGCUGCAGUCCAAACUGCUAGACUUGCAAGCAAGGGUCCUUCCAAGGAGAAAAAGGAUGGUUCAGAAGAUGGCCUUACCUUUGCUUUUCGGUUCACGGAUGCCAGUAUAUCUAUUCCUAACCAAGGCGUUGAUCUCAUUCGUCAAGGAUGGACAAGGAAGGGCCCAAAUGUGUUGCAAGAAGGUUAUGGGUCUGCUGCUGUUUUACCUGAACAAGGCAUAUAUCUUGCAGCGUCAGUAUACCGGCCUGUCCUUCAGUUUACAGAUAAAGUCGCUUCGAUGCUGCCAAAAAAGUAUUCACAACUUGGGAAUGAUGGAUUACUGUCAUUUGUGGAGAACUUUGUAAAGGACCAUUUCUUGCCAACAAUGUUUGUGGACUAUCGAAAGGGGGUUCAGCAAGCUAUAUCAAGUCCAGCUGCCUUUCGUCCAAGGGCACACACCACUGGUACUUACACCCCAUCAAUUGACAAGGGUCGACCUGUAUUACAGGGACUUUUGGCUAUAGAUUUCUUAGCAAAAGAGGUGCUUGGUUGGGCUCAAGCAAUGCCAAAAUUUUCUGGCGAUCUUGUGAAGUAUGUGCAGACCUUUCUUGAGCGAACAUAUGAAAGGUGUCGAACAUCAUAUAUGGAGGCAGUUCUUGAGAAGCAGAGUUACAUGUUGAUUGGGAGGCAUGAUAUCGAGAAAUUGAUGCGACUUGAUCCAGCAAGCUCGUGCUUACCAAAUCCACUUGGCAAGUCGAAUAUGGUGAAUGAUGUCUCAGCUGCUGAGUGUACUGAGAUUGAAUCAGAACUGGGCGAGUUGUUUUUAAAUUUACGGCCUAUCAAGCAGGAGAAUCUGAUUCGUGAUGACAACAAACUGAUUUUGUUGGCAUCUCUUAGUGAUUCACUGGAGUAUGUUGCAGAUUCAAUUGAAAGGCUUGCCCAAACAACUUCAAGGAUAUCAAAUCAAGAGGUAAAUGGCAAGACUCUGCCAUCCUUUGCUGAUGACUACAGAAAACUGGCAAUCGACUGCCUAAAGGUGUUACGAGUGGAGAUGCAGCUGGAGACUAUUUUCCAUAUGCAGGAAAUGACAAACAGGGAGUACUUGGAGGACGAAGAUGCUGAAGAGCCGGAUGACUUCAUUAUUUCACUCACUGCACAGAUAACACGCAGGGAUGAGGAAAUGGCACCUUUUGUUGCACCCAUCAAGAGGAAUUACAUAUUUGGCGGAAUUUGUGGUAUUGCUGCAAUUGCGUCAAUCAAGGCAUUGGCUGACAUGAAAUCGAUUAAUCUAUUUGGGGUUCAGCAGAUAUGUCGAAAUUCAAUUGCACUGGAACAGGCCCUUGCAGCUAUUCCAUCCAUUGAUAGUGAAGCUGUACAGCAGAGAUUAGAUCAUGUCCGCACGUAUUAUGAACUGUUAAACAUGCCAUUCGAGGCCUUGCUUGCUUUCAUCACCGAGCACGAAGAUUUGCUUACAGCCACCGAGUAUAAUAAUCUUCUAAAGGUCCAGGUUCCCGGAAGGGAAAUUCCUCCAGAUGCACACGAUCGAGUGUCUGAGAUCUUAUCUCGUUAGCCUUUCUGUUUGCAGAGUGAUUUGUUGUGCAAAAAAGUUCGAGAUUUUGCAUAAACUUAUAAGUGACUCAGUUUUCAAGGUCAGCUGACGCUCAGAUGCAGAAGCUCUUUAGUGAAAGUCCAAUGCGUAGCACGUUAUAUACAUGUGAAUGAGAAUUUUACGGUAGUCGUAGAUGCAAGGGUAUCAGUAUUUCUUUCUCAAUGUCGUUUCACAUAGUGUGUGGUCUUUCUUUGUAUGGUGUGGGUUUGCUCUGUUUAUGAGAAGAGAGAUGACAAUAGUUAAAAUGUAAACGUAGUGUUCCCUGUAAAUCAUUCAUUUAUAUUCAUGCUUUACUUGCUCACUGCUAUUUGACUUGAAA